CGACCUUCCUUUUCCCAUCAUCUGGGUUUUUUUUUUUGGUUGCCGCAAUGUUUGCUCUGCUCUUACUGCAGCUUCUGCAUGCGGGAUUUGGAUCGCCUGGAAUGAUCUUUAUUAUCCAGAGCUGAUGGUAUUACUGGAUUUCAGACCAAGAAAUCCCUCCAGAGCUACGUUGUUGCCUACUGGAAAAUAUUGUAGGAGAACAAGGAAGAAUCUGGGACCAUUCAAGAAUAAAGAUGAUCUUCAAACAGUUGUCCCUUAAAACUAAGGCUGCAGCAGUUGCUGGAAUUGUCUUCUUCUCCAUGAUAGCAUCUCGGACAUUUUUGGCUGACAGGAUUGAGGAGAAGCGUUUGAGGUGGCUGGUCAGACUGCAGAUGUUACUAUUUGCUAACGCCCUGAUGUUCAUAGGAUCGCUUCACAUAUGGCGAAGCCUUGUGACCGUGUUCUACAGAUCCCCAACUCCCAUGUUGUCCUGUUUCACCUUAUGGAAAACAACUGUGUUAAUGUUCCUGAUUUUGGCACACUCAAGCUUUUUUACAGUUCUGCUGCUUGUUGCAGAGGAACCAUAUUUAUUUUCUUUAGCUGCUCAUACCUGCCUUGGAGGGUACAUCCUCCUUAUAUUCUGCCUCUUCAUCCUAGGCUCCUUGGAGCAAGUUUAUAAUCUCUUGCUCCAAAGACAGGCAAAGAUGGGCAGUGCCAGUAAAAAUGCCAAACUGGCAAUAAAGCCAGCUCUAGCGGUUGUGUUGACAGUUGUGUUGACCAUUCUGGGACUCCUCAAUGCUUCUCAACCACCUGCAGUGAAGUCAGUAGCGAUUCCUCUUCACAAACUGCCACCAUCUAUGGACCAGUUGAAGGUGGUCUUGCUUUCAGAUAUUCACCUGGGGCCAACCAUUGGCAAGACCAAACUGGAAAUGGUUGUAAAAAUGGUUAGGGCCUUGAAACCGGAUAUCACGGUGAUUGUGGGUGACUUGACUGAUUCUGACGUGAAAGGCCUUGGGCAUGCUGUGAAACCUCUUGGCAUGCUUAACUCCCCACUGGGAACUUAUUUUGUCACAGGAAACCAUGAGUAUUAUACCUCUGAUGUCAACAGUUGGUUUGAAGUGCUGAAAUCACUAAACAUCCGCCCUCUGCAUAAUGAGAACAUCAAGAUUAUGUCCCCCAAGGGUAGGAGCACCGAUUGGUUUUGUCUGGCAGGGGUAGAUGAUAUUGAGGCUACCGCAAUGCAUUACCCUGGACAUGGGAUGGAUUUAAAUAAGGCUCUUGGAGACUGUGGCACAGAUCAUGCCAUCAUUCUUCUUGCCCACCAGCCACUUGCUGCUAAAUGGGCUCUCCAAGCUCGGCCAGAUAUAAAUUUGAUCUUGUCUGGGCAUACUCACGGAGGGCAGAUAUUUCCUCUCAAUAUUGCUGCCUAUUUCUUGAAUCCAUUCUUUGUUGGCUUGUACAAGGUCGGACAAAACACUUUUGUGUAUGUUAGCCCAGGGACGUUUUAUUAUGGAAUGCCAAUGAGAUUGGGAAGUAGAGCAGAAAUAACUGAGAUAAUUCUGCGUUCUCACUCAUCAGUAUAAAAUAAUUUAUUUCAUUUGGCUUGUGCAGUGCAUCUUCUUGUUCAUAAAAUGCCGCAAUUUCUCUGGAAUACUGCUGAGCAGGUGCUUAGACCUGCAAGUCAUGGAAUCUUCUAUUACUUCUGUUACCAAGCCCUGUUUUGAAAUUAAAGUGGUAUAUAAAUUAAUAAAGAAUAAUUAUAAUGAAUAAGAUGAAGUACAAAAUUUAAUAGCUUUUUGGGAUGCUACCUUUGAAACGCCCCUGAAACUUUAAUGAAAACUCUGAGACUAGCCUACGUUUGGGGUGUGUAACAUUGCCCCAGGUAAGAAACUGUGAAACAACAAGGUUGUGAGACAAGUUGUCAAACCAGAAUGUUGUGUUUUUGAAAAUUCCUAUUAUUUUCUGCUUUUGUAUGGUGGCACUUUCAUAUUUAUCCAGAGUUCUUGUAUUGAUUUCUGUAUUGGAAUGUUAUGUUUUGAUCUGUGAAUUGCUGUUGAAAUUGUUAAAAUGCAUUAAAAAUAUUAAAUUAAAACAUA